AAAAACAUAAACAGUUUCAAAGUUUUCGUCAUGUCUAUCGGACAGAUAUUCAUAUAUUUAGUAGCUUGUAUUUUGAUAUUAACGGACAUUUCGUAUGCGUCCACACAGGAGUUACGUGUAGUAGGUGGUACAAAUGCUGCAGUUAAUAGUGCACCAUUUAUAGUGUCUUUCCAACAAGCUGGUGUACACUAUUGUGGUGGAAGUAUUCUUAAUGCUAAUUGGAUUGUUACAGCGGCACAUUGCCUAAGUUCGAAAGCUCAGGUGUUGGCCACAACUCUUGUAGCUGGAAGUGUAAAUUUGGCUGAUACCGCUUCAACUGUACAAACACGUUCAAUUGAUAAUUAUGUUGUAAACGAUUUAUAUUUGGGUGGAACUUCACCGUAUGAUAUCGGUUUGGUCUACACAUCCCAAGCAUUCACAUGGUCAAAUGCAGUAGCGCCUAUUACCCUACCAGCCAGUGGUACUACACCCACAGGCAAUGCUUUACUUUAUGGUUGGGGUAGUAUUUCAACAACCAGUACCCCCGAUUAUCCUUCAACAUUAAAAGUAGCAACGGUGUCAAUUAUAUCACAAAGUUCUUGUGAAUCAGCUUUGGGCAGUCAAGGAGCUAAUGUGCAUGACACAAAUCUAUGCACUGGGCCACUUACCGGUGGUAUUGGCAUUUGCACUUCAGAUUCUGGUGGUCCCCUAGUACAAAGUGCAAAUGGAGAGAAUGUUUUAAUAGGUAUCGUAUCUUGGGGAAAAAUACCUUGUGGUCAGGACAAUUCUCCGUCGGUAUAUGUUCAGGUUUCGUCGUUUAUUUCAUGGAUAACUGCAAAUCAAGUUGUAACAUCCAGUUGAAAACAUCCAGAAAAACAUAAUA